AUGGACAAGGCUGGUCUGCACAUCGGUCCGCUGUUCCAGCGUCUGAGCGACGCCCGAACUGGCACUGUCCAAGCGUUAGCAUCAGGAAAUUCAGCGGACCUUGAACUUGAUGACGACGAUGAUUAUCACCUACACUCAACUUACACUGACCAGUCUCAAGAAGCGACAUUACCUUUUGGGCCUCGACCGAGAACGCUGGGGUGCACUGGUGAGGUUGUCAGCCGAAAACAACAGAUCGUUGUUUCCACUAAGAACCCCGGUCAUCGACUGGAAAUUGUACAGCCCUACCCUCGACGAAAACAUGUAUCUAUGCGUGGUCCUCAACUUGAGAUAGUCAUCGAGAAUUUAGCCCGCGCUGCCCCAUUUGAUCAAGUAUCGAGCUUAAGUCGGCGAUCAGCUAAAGACUUUGAGGUGUGGGAAGGGCUGUAUGGUUCUCCUGUUGAGGUCAUUGGUCAACACAUGCGACAAAUUGCAAACAACAUUGCGGACAUCUGCUCGGGCAAGACAGAUACCCUUGAGGUUCUCAAAACAGACGAUAUCCUCGAUAAGAUGAGAGAUUUCGGGGACGAGCGUAGCACGGAAUACCUAAGAUUGGACAUCAGUAGAGACCCUGCAGAGCAAGGUCUCUCGCAGACCUUGGCCAACGUCCACAAGUCGCUGGAUGCGGGAGGGCGAUUCUUGCUUCAAGAACUUCAAUCGGUGAACAAUUGGCCGAACCACGUCGCUGAUAUUGUUCCAGGAUGGUGGUGGUACGGUGCAGCAGAGGACCCGCGGGAUCAACCAUGUGCCUCCCUGGUCCGAUGGAAAUUGGAGGACAUUGGUGAAGCACACGACUGUACAGUGCAGCGACUGCUGGGCGGACUCGACGAAGCAGCUCUCUUUUGGAUCGCACACAGUGGUCAGGCCAGCCGCCAGAACCCAGAUUAUGCGCAGCUCGUCGGGUUAGCUAAGACGAUUCGCACCGAGGCCCUGUCAAACUUUGCAGUCUGUGAGGCCGACGACUUCAUCAAUGGUGCCGUCCAUGCACCAAGGGCGUAUUCCUUUGUGCCGCAAGACGAGUUGAAGAUCGAGGCGAGAGUAGAGGAUCAGCUAGUGCUCGAGGCAAGCAAGCCCAGCCGCUUGGCUUCUCUAAAUUGGGUCCGGCGUGAGCCAAGACAUUUGAGAGAAGAGGUUGAGAUUGAGUUGCACGCGAUGGUUCUGAACUUCAUGGCCCCUAAACCAGGUGAUCAUGUCGUGGUCCUCAAGGCUGGUAUCUUCACCACGCAAGACGCCGUCUCUGAGAAGCUAUGCCUCCAGAUCCCUGACAACCACACGUUUGACGGCGCCGCAACAAUGGUGACUGUUUUUUCAUCGGCCGUUGAAUCAUUCUUCAAUGUUGUUCGCCUGGAGAAAGGACAGGUUAGUAAACGACUCGCCAGCAGAUUCAUAGUCAGCUCAGCAGGCGUUCGAGAUGUGCAUCAGAGGGCUUACUUGGGCAACUUGGGCAAGAUUGUGAAUUCUCUCCGCCAUUUGGACGGCUGCCUUGAGAUGGACACCCAGGCCACUGUUGCAAUUAGGGAGCCGGAGCUGGAGCACUCCGCUUCGUACGUCUUGGCUAGAGGUCUCGGUGGUCUUGGACGCUCAAUCGCCCGAUACCAAGUCGAGAACAAUGCACGAUGGCCCGUCCCCCUCCCCCGUAGUGCCGGCGACAGUCUUGAGGAUGCAGAUUUCGUCCACGAGCUGGAGAGCCUGGGCUAUGCUGCUGAAUUUGUCAAGGUCAGCGUGGUAAACAAAGAAGACGUGGCUCGCGCCAUGCAGCUUGUGCCAAACCUGAAGCCCUUCUCCGAGGUCAAAGGCACGUGGAACAUCCACGAGGCUACGUGCCAGUCAGGCAUCAAACUUGACUUCUUCAUUCUGCUCUCCGCCAUACGCCACACUUUUCUCGAUAUCUUCGUGCAAUACCGGAAUGGUCUUGGGCUGCGAGAAUUGUGUAUCGAUCUAGAAGCGGUUCAAGACGCGGACAAUGUCGCCAACGAUGAUGCACUUCUAAACAGAAUGAAUCUAGCAAACACCAACGGAGACUUUGAGCGCGAGCUCCUCAAAGCUGUCGAAAGGGGCAUCUUGUCGCUCCCCGCCACGUAG